ACCUGCAAAUAUGGAUACAUAUGUAUGCCCUCAUUCUUGAAGACUUGUUUGUUGUUUUUAAGGAAAGAGUCAACUUUGCCUUCAAUUAGCAUCGGUGCAAUGCCUUAAAGAAAUAGAUAACAGUCUAGCUACUAACCAUGCUGGCCACUGUUUGGCAUUGGGUCAAAUCACAGGAAAACAUCAAAUGGCUUUCUUUUAUAGAAUGUCGGAACAAAGCACAAUUCCUGAGCCCGUUCUGCAGGGCACAUUUGAUCACACCAUCUCGUCUAACUGGUCUGAAUCACAGACAGACUCAAUACCGGAGGAUGUGAAACAGACUGGUGAGGAACAGGGAACUAAGCUGCGCUGGGCAGCUCUUCUGAUACUCACAGUGAUAAUACCCACGAUUGGUGGAAACAUCCUUGUCAUUCUGGCUGUUUCACUGGAGAAAAAGCUGCAGUAUGCUACCAAUUAUUUUCUAAUGUCCCUGGCAGUGGCUGAUUUGCUGGUUGGAUUGUUUGUGAUGCCAAUUGCUCUCUUGACAAUAAUGUUUGAGCCAACGUGGCCCCUCCCACUUGUUCUGUGUCCAGCUUGGCUAUUUCUUGAUGUUCUCUUUUCCACAGCAUCCAUCAUGCAUCUCUGUGCCAUCUCUGUGGAUCGUUACAUAGCCAUCAAAAAGCCAAUCCAAGCCAAUCAAUACAACUCACGAGCAACAGCAUUCAUCAAGAUCACAGUGGUGUGGUUGAUUUCAAUAGGCAUUGCCAUUCCAGUACCUAUUAAAGGUAUACAGGCCGACAAAGGUAACCUAAACAACAUCACCUGUGCUUUGACAAAGGACCGUUUCAGCAACUUCAUGCUCUUUGGCUCCCUUGCUGCCUUCUUUAUACCUCUUGGGAUCAUGAUUGCCACCUAUUUUCUCACCAUUCACGUUUUACAGAAGAAGGCUUACUUGGUCAAAAAUAAGCCACCUCACCGGCUGACAUGGACAACUGUGUCCACUGUUUUCCAAAGGGAUGAAACGCCUUGCUCAUCACCGGAAAGGGUGGCAAUGCUGGAUGGGUCUCGCAAGGACAAAACUCUGUCCAACUCAAGUGAUGAUCUAUUUAUGCGAAGGAUGUCCACCGUUGGAAAAAAGUCAGUGCAGACCAUCUCUAAUGAACAGAGAGCCUCAAAAGUCCUGGGGAUUGUUUUCUUCCUCUUUUUGCUUAUGUGGAGUCCUUUUUUUGUUACAAACAUAACUUUAGCUGUAUGUGAUUCUUGCAACCAGUCUACUCUCAAUAAACUCUUGGAGAUUUUUGUGUGGAUAGGCUAUGUCUCCUCGGGGGUAAAUCCUUUGGUCUAUACCCUCUUCAACAAGACUUUUCGAGAUGCAUUUGGACGAUACAUUACUUGCAAUUACCAGUCCACAAAGUCAGUGAAAACUCUUAGAAAAUGCUCCAGCAAGAUCUACUUCCAGAAUCCAAUGACAGAGAACUCUACAUUUUUUGUUAAACAUGGAAUGCCAAAUGGAAUGAAUCCUGCCAUGUACCAGAGUCCAAUGAGACUCCGAAGUUCAACCAUUCAGUCUUCAGUCAUUUUAUUAGAUACACUUCUCCUAACCGAAAAUGAAGGUGACAAAACUGAAGAACAAGUCAGUUAUGUAUAG